AUGUCCCAGCCGAACUUUAAGCCCGCCCUCAUAGUCGUGGACGUACAAGAGGACUUUUGCCCACCCAACGGCGCCCUCCCCAUCGCCACCCUCGACUGGCACCCCCAACCACGUUUCCUUCGCCGCCAACCACCCCGGCGCAUCCCCUUCGCAUCCACCAAGGUCAUCAAGCACCCCGAGCCCGCCGGUCCACCCUCCUCCGACUCCUCCUCCUCCAAGCCCCCGAUCCGCGCCUACGAAACCACCCUCUGGCCCGUCCACUGCGUCCAAGACACCCCCGGCGCCGCCCCCGUCGCCGGCCUCGACACCCACCUCGACUCGGGCCUCGCCGCUCUCCUCCGCGCUCAGGCCAUCACACACGUCUAUGUCGCCGGCCUCGCCGCCGACUACUGUGUCCGCGUGUCCGCUCUUGAUGCUCACGCCGAGGGCUUCGUGACCUACAUUGUCGACGAGGCCACCCGCCCCGUCGUCCCGGAAAAGUGGACCGCCGUCCGCGGCACGAUCGAGCGCAAGGGCGUCAAGGUUGUCAGUAUGGACGGUGACGAGGUGGAGCGCGUGAGGGAGCUAGCGGCGGCCGAGCCAGGCUCUUGGCCAGGCUGUCAUAUUUUGUAG